UUCACCACCACUACACCAGUCAGUUCAAACUCGCAUUGUUUGAGAUCUGGGUGGCGAUUCGAAAAUUUCGUUUCUUGGUGAGGCCGAGGGGUGUUCUGUCCAUCAAGGCAAGCUGAAAAGUUGAAGCAGAAUCGUGUACUGAUGGAGUGGAGAGAUUACAAAUACAAGAUCUAGGAGCUGGCAAUGAUUAGUCAACAAUGGAGUCCUGAGAGUUGAGUGCCAUACUGAAGCGGAAGCGGUCGUGACUGAACGGACAUCCAAUUAAUUGUCAUACGGAUUUCAAUACAGUUCUAUGAAGUUCUAGGUCGGAGUGUAUUUAUCGAGGAGAAUGGCGGGAGCGCUGUCAUCAGUGGGCUUCCUUGGUGCUGGCAAAAUGGCCCAAGCGCUCAGUAGAGGCUUCAUAAAAAGCGGAAUUAUUGAAAGCACAUCCAUUUUGGCCAGCGCUCCGCAAAACACGUCAGUCAACCUCAGCCUGAUCAAGGAUCUAGGUGUGCGGACGACGACAGACAACCGAGAAGUCGUACGGAAUAGUAACACGGUGUUCGUAUCCGUGAAGCCCCACGUGGUAACGUCUGUGCUGGACGAGGUGGCGGAAGACGUGAACAAAGACAAGCUAGUCGUCAGUAUAGCGGCCGGUAUCUCUCUCAAGGUGCUACAAUCGAGGUUGCCAGCAUCCGCUCGAGUAGUCCGCGUUAUGCCUAACACCCCGUCAUUAAUACGAGAAGGCUGUUCGGUGUACAGCGUGGGUGAGCAUGUAGUGGAGGGCGACGGUGAGGCGGUCGACAAGCUCAUGAGCAGCGUCGGUUCCUGUGCCAAGGUCACUGAGGCACUAGUGGAGCCCUUCCUGGGUAUCAGCAGUAGUGGAGUUGCCUUCCUGUUCCUGGCCAUGGAAGCAAUGGCAGACGGUGGAGUCAAGAUGGGUAUACCUCGAGCAAUGGCCUACGAAUUUGCAGCGCAGACCAUGAUUGGAGCUGCCAGAAUGGUGAAGGACCUGGAGCAGCAUCCAGCUCAGUGCAAGGAUGAUGUAUGCUCCCCAGGCGGUUGCACUAUGGCCGGGGUACAUGUGCUGGAAAAGGCCGGUUUCCGCGGAUCCCUCAUGGAUGCUGUCGAGGCAGCGACAAAACGAGCGCAGGAGCUCGGAAAGGAUCAGUAAUAUAUUAUCACAGCAGAAUGCUUUUAUUAAGAUUUCAGAGGUGCUGGUAUUUCUCUAACCUAUUCCCGGAUUCUCCCACUGUACAAAGUUUCCCCGGUAUUUAUCCUCCGACAACCUACACUCAUCGCCCCGUUAUCUUGAGAGCUUUGAGUGCUUAUGCAUAUUCUGUUUCAAACCAUUAUACUAGUAGUAGUACAUAGCCUAGGAAAUAGUUGUUUUGUUGUUUGAAAUCAUCAUUGUAGCUUAUGCCCCCUCUGUGAUGUUGAUUAUGUGAGUGCUAGAACCACAUGUUCAGCCUUGCACAGCCCGGGCAGGUCAAACGCCGCGCACUCACGCUCGCCCCUCUAGUAUAGUGGUGAUCACGCUGUGCCGUGGAUACGGUGCACAUAGCCGCCUGCAAAUACGCAAUCACACACGCACAUGUCGCAUGAUGUGCACUCACACACAUACACACACACACACACACACACACACACACACACACACACACACACACACACACACACGCACACACACACUGAUAGAACUGCAGUUGAUUUAUUCCUCUUGAUCUUUUAUUAUUGUUAAAGGCACUUGUUGGCGACCCUACCAACAGCACUAGCUAUUACAUAUGCAUACUAAUAAUUAUGUCAUAAUGACACUGUACUGAA